AUGCAACCACUCGAAGCUUAUUUUGCAAACCUCCCAAAUCUUACCUCUUCCACGUUCCAGGACUACUUUUCUGACUUCUCACUGGUCAAGAAACAUAAUCCCGAAGUCUAUGACAGAGCAGUAGAGUUUUGGAAGAAUGUAAUCAUAGAAACGAGUCGGAAAGGAUUGUUAGGAGAGGAUAGGUGCAUUAUCGAAGGUCCAGAAAGUUUGAGUGAAAAGUUGGAGUAUUUGGAGACAGAGCCUACAUUGGAUUGUGUUUUCCAAGAAUUAUAUAAAUCUGGCCUUAUUACACCUCUUCAUUCCUUCUCAACCACUCUCACACGCAUGUCAUCUUCCUCAUUUCUAACUUUCUCCCUAAACUCCCUUCUUUACGUCUUCAUCUCACCCCUGCGUUCCACAAUGUCUUUUUUCGCGCCAACGCCAUCUUUUUCUGACUCCCUUUACGUCAUGAUGCCUACGCUAGAAUCUCUCGCCCAGGCGGUCGAUAAGCAUUAUCAGAUAAUUACGAUUAAUAAAGAAGUGUACAAUGUCACUGAACGUCUGUUUACGUUGAAAGAAUUCAAAGAAGAGUGCAAAGCAGUUGUUGGAGAGUUGUCCGACAAGGAUUGGGAGGUUUUUUUACAGUAUUUAGAAAUUGGAAAAGAAUGGAUUAUUACUACAAUUAUCGACGGAGUAAAGAUAAUAAAGUUUUUACCCAAGGAUAAAACGGCCGUAAGGGAAAUUACAUCAACCGACAGGGGAAUAAUAUCGAUGAAAUCGACACGAACAACAUUACUAGAACAGAUCUCUGCGCUCGAGGAACAGAUAAAAGAAGCGCAGCGCCAGGCUCAAAAAUAUAUACACAGAAAACAACGUCUUCCGGCCCUUCAUCGGCUGAAGCAGAAGAAAGAUCUCACCGAUUUACUUCACAAAAGACAAGAGUCACUUGAUACGCUUGACGAUAUUCUCCUACGUAUAGAUAGCGCCGCUACUGAUGCAGAGGUCCUCGAAGCUUAUGAUUUGGGACGCACUACAUUGAGUAAUAUACACAAAGAUGCUAACAUUACACCUGAAACUGUCGACGAAAAACUCGAUGCCUUGCGAGAUAUUCUUGCGGAUCAGGAAGAAUUUGAUCAAGUCAUCAAAGAGAGUGGAGAAUUGAGUGGAUUGAGGAUCGACGAAGAAGAGUUGGAGGCUGAUCAACAUCCUCGUGAACUGGAGGAGAGGAUGACAAACAGUCGAAAGAAUACCGAAAAAUUAACAAGACUACCAGCUUUUUAA